ACAUCGUCAAAGGGGGCGUGAGCGAGAAGUUUGUUUCGGGCUUGAUCCAGUGGGGCGCAUAUCAGCCAAUGAUAGUGUUUUUCCGACCAAAAAGAAACCAAUGACGAAAUUCCUCCUCUUCGAAAAUACUACGAAAAUCGAAAAUCAAUCGUAGACCACUUCUCAAACACAAGAGACACCACCGAUGAUGAUGAUGAUGAUAUUAAAGCAACAUCAUCAGGAGUAAGAGAGAGCAAAGGUGGCUCCUUUUCAUGUGAGUUUUGAGUGAUUCAUUGAUUCUUCUGCUACCAUCUUCUUAUCUACUCGAAAAAGGAAGAGGGGAAAAGAAAUUGAAACAUGGGUUGGAUUCCCUGUUCCGGAAGUUCAAACACUAAGAAGAAGUUAAAGAAGAAAUUGGAGAAGAUGGAAGGGCAGAGCAGCCUCGUUGAUCCGAUCAAAGCCACCCCAGGGAAAUUAAAGAGGAAUUCAUCCAUGAAUUCCAAAAAUGGGAACCCUGAGCACAUUGCUGCACAGACAUUCUCAUUCCGUGAGUUGGCAACUGCAACUAGAAACUUCAGAGCCGAAUGUCUUUUGGGUGAGGGAGGCUUUGGCAGAGUAUACAAGGGGCGUUUGGAAAAUAUUAAUCAGAUUGUUGCAAUUAAACAACUUGACCGAAAUGGGCUACAAGGGAAUAGAGAAUUCCUUGUUGAAGUGCUGAUGUUAAGUCUUCUUCACCACCCUAACCUUGUCAACCUGAUUGGUUAUUGUGCUGAUGGGGAUCAAAGACUUCUAGUUUAUGAAUUUAUGUCAUUAGGAUCCUUGGAAGACCACUUACAUGAUAUUUCUCCUGGCAAGAAACGACUUGACUGGAACACACGGAUGAAAAUAGCUGCUGGGGCUGCAAGAGGAUUGGAAUAUUUGCAUGACAAAGCUAAUCCUCCUGUCAUAUACCGAGAUUUAAAGUGCUCCAACAUUUUGCUCGGUGAAGGAUAUCAUCCAAAGUUAUCUGAUUUUGGUUUGGCUAAACUUGGUCCAGUGGGGGAAAACACCCAUGUAUCAACAAGGGUUAUGGGCACCUAUGGAUAUUGUGCUCCAGAGUAUGCAAUGACAGGUCAACUGACUCUGAAAUCAGAUGUUUAUAGCUUUGGUGUUGUUCUUCUGGAAAUAAUUACUGGAAGGAAAGCAAUUGACAAUUCAAAAGCUGCAGGAGAGCAGAAUCUUGUUGCAUGGGCCAGACCCUUGUUCAAAGAUCGAAGAAAAUUUUCGCAAAUGGCUGAUCCAAUGCUCCAAGGUCAAUAUCCUCCAAGAGGGCUAUUCCAGGCCCUUGCUGUUGCAGCAAUGUGUGUUCAGGAGCAGGCCAAUAUGCGUCCAGUUAUAGCUGAUGUUGUCACAGCUUUGAGUUACCUUGCUUCACAAAAAUAUGACCCGAAUACUCAGACAUUACAAAGCUCUCGCCUUGCUCCUGGUACUCCUCCAAGAUCCAAGAGGGGAUAUUGAUAUGGAGCUUAAUGUUUAUUAGCUAUAUAAUAGUCUGGUGAAAAUUUCAAACAUCUUACAACACACUGCAAGUUAUAGAUUUGUAGAUGUUAAUACCAGUUGUCUUAUGGUGGUGUUCUUUCUUCAGAGCAUAGAUGCUAAAAAUGUUGUAAAUUUUUGUUCUACCCUGGUGCACAGAACUGCUCCUAUUUCCAUUUGGAGCCAAGAUAGUAUAUCCUCUUCCUUUUCUUAGUUUCUAUUUAAAGGCAUAUUGCUGGAUUCAUGAUUCAUGUUCCUUCUGUCUUACUGGAGUCCCAGCAUUCUAUAGCUGUCUAUUCUUCUUUGUCCCGGUUGCUUGUAUAGUUAUGAAGCUCUAUAAAAUUUGGCUUUUUCAACCAA